AUGGCGAAGCUGGAGACACUGCCUGUGCGUGCUGACCCAGGGCGGGACCCCCUCCUGGCCUUUGCCCCAAGGCCCUCUGAUCUCGGACCCCCGGAGCCCCGCCUGGCCAUGGGCAGUGUGGGCAGUGGGGCGGCCCACACCCAGGAGUUCGCCAUGAAGAGUGUGGGCACCCGCACGGGGGGUGGGGGCAGCCAGGGCAGUUUCCCUGGCCCCCGCAGCAGUGGCGGUGGGACCAGCAGGGAGAGGCCUGGCCGAUACCCCUCAGAGGACAAAGCUCUAGCCAACUCCCUCUACCUCAAUGGCGAGUUGAGGGGCAGUGACCACACAGACGUCUGCGGCAAUGUGGUGGGCAGCAGUGGUGGCAGCAGCAGCAGUGGUGGCAGCGACAAGGCCCCACCACAAUACCGCGAGCCCAGCCACCCACCUAAGCUCCUGGCCACCUCGGGCAAGCUAGACCAGUGCUCAGAGCCACUAGUUCGGCCAUCAGCCUUCAAGCCUGUUGUACCCAAGAACUUCCACUCCAUGCAGAACUUAUGUCCUCCACAGACCAACGGGACCCCUGAGGGACGCCAGGGACCUGGGGGUGGCCUCAAGGGUGGACUGGACAAGUCUCGGACCAUGACCCCAGCCAGCGGGGGUGGGGGCAGCCUCUCUGACUCAGGCCGGAACUCACUCACAAGCCUGCCCACCUACAGCUCCAGCUAUAGCCAGCAUCUCGCACCCCUCAGUGCCUCCACCAGCCACAUCAACCGCAUCGGCACUGCUAGCUAUGGCAGUGGCAGCGGCAGUAGCAGUGGUGGCGGAUCGGGCUACCAGGACCUGGCAGCCUCUGACAGUGGACGAGCCUCCAGCAAGAGCGGGUCAUCCUCCUCCGUGGGGCGGCCAGGCCACCUGGGCUCUGGGGAGGGCGGAGGUGGAGGCCUGCCAUUUGCGGCCUGCUCCCCACCCUCUCCCAGCACCCUGAUCCAGGAGCUGGAGGAGCGGCUGUGGGAGAAAGAGCAGGAGGUGGCGGCUCUGCGGCGGAGCCUGGAGCAGAGCGAGGCAGCCGUGGCUCAGCAGGAUAAGAAGCAGCUGCAAGAGGAGGCGGCCCGGUUGAUGCGCCAGCGGGAAGAGCUGGAGGACAAGGUGGCCGCCUGCCAGAAGGAGCAGGCCGACUUCCUGCCCCGGAUGGAGGAAACGAAGUGGGAGGUGUGCCAGAAGGCUGGCGAGAUUUCCCUCCUGAAGCAGCAGCUGAAGGACUCGCAGGCGGAUGUGUCGCAGAAGUUGAGUGAGAUUGUGGGGCUGCGUUCCCAGCUGCGGGAGGGCCGGGCCUCACUGCGGGAGAAGGAGGAGCAGCUGCUCAGCCUGCGGGACUCUUUCAGCAGCAAACAGGCCAGCCUGGAGCUGGGUGAGGGUGAGCUGUCUGCGGCCUGCCUCAAGCCCGCGCUGACCCCUGUGGACCCGGCCGAGCCGCAGGAUGCACUGGCCACAUGCGAGAGCGACGAGGCCAAGAUGCGUCGUCAGGCCGGCAUGGCUGCCGCCGCCGCCACUGCCUCCUUGGGUUCCUUGGACGGGGAGGUGGAUGCUGGGGGAGAUAGUGGGACACGAGCCCUGCGGAGGGAGGUGGGGAGGCUGCAGGCCGAGCUGGCAGCUGAGCGGCGAGCCCGGGAGCGCCAGGGAGCCAGCUUCGCAGAGGAGCGCCGCGUGUGGCUGGAGGAGAAGGAGAAGGUCAUUGAGUACCAGAAGCAGCUGCAGCUGAGUUAUGUGGAGAUGUACCAGCGCAACCAGCAGCUGGAGCGGCGGCUGCGGGAGCGCGGGACAGCGGGGGGUGCAAGCACGCCCACGCUCCAACACGGAGAGGAGAAGAAAGCCUGGACCCCCUCCCGCCUGGAGCGCAUUGAGUCCACAGAAAUCUGA